AUGUUCCGUAGAUUACGGGCUUUAUGGAGUCCUGCACAGCGCGCCGCGAAUUCCGCGAAGGCCACGUCAGCCAUGUCGCCUGCUGACGUGUACGAGGGCUUGUUCUCCCCGCGUACGCCGAUGCCGACACGUGUCUCCCGCAUGCUAUUCGAUCGGCUACUGCGGUUCGCGCCUCCCGAGCCGCUACUGCCGAUUCUUAUAGCGAAUGCCGCGGGAUUCUAUACGGGAAUCACACUCGCGGCUAUCACAGAACAACGAUACAGGAGGCAUAUUGGGAGGAACACCCAGGGGAGGCCGUGCCUCUGA